AUGUGUUGAUUUUUUUGUGUGUGGUGCCUAUUCGCUUCUACGAACAUGAACUGUCAGCUUACCGCAUCGUACAUGUCAAAAGUAUGGUGUGCAAAGUAUGCCAGACUAUCGCAAAAGAAGAGCUACGAUUAAUAACAAUCAACGAUGGUACGAAAAGGGUAAUGUCCCCCUAAUUCUGGAUAGUUUGAUCUUGCCGUGAACUUGCCCGUGGUGCAGUCAACGAUCUGUCGGUCAGCAUCGAGAGCCUCCGCGCACGCAUUGCCUUGUGACGCUGUAAGAAUAGUGACAACAAAAACGGAGAAACUGCAACCACCGCUUACUAGCGGAAAGAAAAUACUAUAUUUCUAUCGGGUUUACAUUAUGCAGCACAUUCCGAUGUGUGGUAGCAAACGGUCGGCCUGCGAACAAUAUAUCUACCAUCUGUAUGGCUGAAUAACGCGAUUCCUGUUUGUGCGAAUCCCUGCCUGCUGCUGCAGCACGGUAUUGUACGGACCCACGCAAGGACUAACACCAACACCAAUUCGGGCUCGGGUUGCUAUUGUUCUUGUAAACAAUUGUGUGUUGUUUUGCACGUUCGUUUUUUUUCUCUGCGAAGAGCCCUAAAAUUGCAUAUCCAAUACAGCAAUGUGAAUGGAGCGAUUUUGCGCUGCAAAACUGUUAUCGAAAAAGCAAUCGGAGAAGAUCAAAUUCAGUGCCGGCUACCCGCUGCUCGGCUAAGGGCGGUUGAAUGAAAAGCCUCAACAGUAUGGUAACGCACACCAUGAGUAAUUCACUCGCAACGCUAUGUAACAUAGGCAACUCGUGUUACAUGAACUCGGUGCUGUACACUCUACGCUUUGCACCGAACUUUACGCAUAACCUGCACCAUCUGGUUGAAUUUCUCGAGCUCGUGCUACACAAAGCGAAUGCGGACAGAAAGUACCUAGUACAGCAUGAUGAAAAUGCUCAGAACGAGCUGAAUGUGAUGAACUCGAAGCCUAAAUCGUCCCUGCUCGCUCAUAAUGCUUCGGACCCGGCCGGUGCAGCCCAUCCGUGGAGCAGCAAAGAGUUGAUUCAACAUGACAGAAAUGUGAACGGGUACGAGAAAGCGGCUUCGAACCGAACCACCACCCACCACUCGGUCGACGGUUCUGCCGCGCUCGGCGAAAUAAGCUUUGGUGAUAAUGAUAAAUGCAGUGUUCUAAAUAGUCCUACGCAUCAUAUUUGUAAUUCGUGUAGCAGUACGGCAAAGCCUACCUGUACUGGUGAUAGUUGUAAUAGGUCAAACAAUUCGGAUGUAAGCUAUAGUAAUGGAAGUGGCGCGAAGAACAACCGGCAGCUGGUGUGCGAAACGUUGCACGACCUGUUCCACAGUCUCGCCCGGAACGAGGCGUCCGAUGUGAUCGAACCGUUCCAUGCCGGGGGGCUGCUGCAGGCCGUGCAGAGCGUGAGCAGCACGUUCGAGGGCAACCAGCAGCAGGAUGCGCACGAAUUUCUCAUGUGCAUACUGGACAGUGUGCGAGAAUCUUGUCAAAUACUGAACAAACAUCUAAUAGAAAAUCCAGAUAUUCUAAAAAUUAGCCCGUUUCCAUCGCUCGAGAAAGCCACUGCAACAGAGGCCACGAUCAACAAUAGCAAUAAUACAGCGCCCGUUAGCUCGGAAUCGAAGCUCAGCAACACACCAUUUAUUGCGCGUAACAUCUUUCGCCGGCGCAAGGAAUCGUUGAAAAAUAACACCAAGUCACGGUUGGAACCACCGGCCAGCGGUACCGUCGUGAGCGUGCAAACCGCUGCGCCAAACAAUUGUGUGCAUAACUGCACGGGAAAGCAGAAGAUUCAUCUGCCCAACGCAACGACCGGUGCGACGCAGGAGCCAACCGUUGCUCAGGACCGGUUGAAGCAACGGAUCCGGACGUUAGGGUUGAACUUUUUUUGCGAAGAUUUUGAAGGUGUCACUGUGUCGCGGACGCGAUGUCUAUCGUGCGAGACAGUGACCGAGCAGAAGGAAACGAUGAUAGACAUAGCCAUUCCAAUCACAUCGAACGAAGUGAGUGACGCCGUGAAGAAUCCGCAACAAUUUUAUCAGGACGCUUGCAUAACGCAGGAAUAUUUUCGGGGCGAUAACAAGUAUCGAUGCGAGGUGUGCUCCGGCUACACCGAGGCCUGCCGUACGAUUUCCUUCGACAUACUGCCCCGGUUGCUCGUCCUGCAGCUGAAGCGCUUUAACGGUGAUAUGGAAAAAAUCAACAGCUACAUUCCAACGCCGUUCAUACUGCAGUGCUUUUGUGCCGAAUGCAUCGGAAGGUCGGACAACGAGAAGCGCCACAUCUAUCGGUUGUACAGUGUGAUAACGCACGUCGGCGCACGAAUGUCCGUCGGACAUUACAUCGCGUACACCAGCUCGCUCCAAAUCCCGCUGCACUACGCUAACUGUGUGAAGGAUCGGCAACGACGGGCGCUGCUUGCAGCCGCCUCCCUGGAAGCGCAAACUGCGCUGCACCCCCCCGACGCUGGUGGAAUGGCGAGCAAAAGCCACAGCAGCGGCAGCGAGAAAAGUGCGUCCGGUCAAUUAAAGAAGCUGUUCGGUAGCAAAAAAACGUCCAGUGCAGGCGAUAUAAGCAAAAAGCUAAAGAACAACGUCAUCAAUCGAUUCUCGCCGAUUAAUGGGAUGGAAAGCUUGCAGCUGAACGCAACCGCAACCGACACCUGUCCGGAGAAGCCGGCCCGGGGCGCCGGGUACAUAGACAACUUUUACAGCAUUCACAGUAUUGAGGGCGGUAUGAAUCAUGGUGAGGUGCUGCUGAAUGGAAGCGAAGCGGGCAGCGGGCCGUCCUGCCCGAGCAUCGGCUGCUGUGCGGUACGUACAAAAGCGAUGCUUGCGAACGAUAUCAACGGUCGGUGUUUCGUCGACGAUGGUUUGGUGAACCAUAGCAGCGUCCACAGCCUGUCACCUCUUGCCACGGGGUCCGUGUGCAACAAUAACUGUGCCCACAACCAUUACAAGCCGCUAGACGCUUCCAACGGUGAAGACCGAUCGUCGAACGUACCCGCCGACUGUCACGGCUCGUUGUUUGCCGGCCCGCUCCAUAGCGACGACAGCAAAGGGCUAGGCUAUGGCAGUGUGAUGCACGAGUCGUUAGCCAACCAGCAGCUCACGUGGUAUAUGUGCGACGAUGAUAAAAUUAAAAUCAUGACUCAGCCAGAGUUUGAGGAGGUGCUCUCACCGAACCGUCGGCACGUGACCACGCCAUACCUGCUAUUCUACGCUCGGUACGAUGUACAGCAAAGCCAACAUAAUCAAUCCAAGGAGCCAACGCUUUCGUCUGCACAACAGCAGCAGCAGCAGCAGCAACCGUUUGAACAUAAGCUACAUACAGCACUUGCAAAACACGUACCGCCAACAUCCAAAUCUGCCACAAUCUCGGUCUAAGCUUCAUCCGGAGCAGGUUGGAUAUGUAAUAUGCCUUUGUUUUGUUUGUUUGUUUCUUUCUCUUCUUCUUUGCAAGUAAAAUCAUUACGUUACAGGAUAAUCAUCAGCAAAUUGAUUCUAAAUCAUGCUCCCCAUUUAUAGCCUAUUGACAAAAGAAAAAAAAAACACAUUGAAAAGAAAGGUGUUAGAUAUUAGCUUUGAAACUGAGCAGUGAAAAAGCAUGAAAUCUGAAAUAUAUAUAUAUACAUAUAUAUAUAUAUUAGAAACCAAUAAAACGAAAAACAAACAACCUGAGCAAUUGUUCUAUACAUAUAUAUUUAAAGACUAAUAAAAAUCAUGUUUGAUUGUUGUAUCCCGUUUGUUACUGCUCUUCUAAUCCUAGUGCUUCGGUUUACUUUUAUUAAAGUAAUUAAUUUACCACAUCAAAAAAAGAAAUAGGAUAAUAAUUUGUAUUCUGAAGCUGAUGGUUGUAGGAAGCUAUAUACAUAUAUACGCGAGGGAGACGUUAAUUUGUGAUUUCGGCUAUUUAUUUAAAAAACAUGUAAAACAAUACAAUUAAGUUGUACGUAGUAAAACGAA